CAAAGGAUCCUUGACUGCCAUGCUUGACUGUAAAACAUUAUGUCCCGCGCGAAUCUCAAAAAAUUGUUGUCGGCAGGCCCCACACUCUACGUACUCCCCCUCCCAUCAACGGGCGCUGUCCAGUUCCAUUUACCUUCACGACACUUCGGGGCGGUUGUCAUCGCACUCAACAGCAUGCCUCCACUCAUCUUCAUGUCGCGCCUGUAUUUUCCAAUUGGGACAAUGCCCUAUUUUCUCAUUCUUAUCCAGGUGUCAUUCAGUCUCCGUGACUCUAAGUGCCGCUAUUGUGAUUCGAUGGGUGGCAGAGGAUCUAAUAAGGUGCCUCAGUCCACGAGCCACACAUUUCACUGCCGUAGCUAAAUUAGCUCAAACUACGCGCCUAGAUAUCGGUGGCUUGGAAUGGAUCUCUAACUAUCAAUUAAGCUGGCAUUUCUUUCCAUUGAAUUUGCAUCGCGGACAACGCA